GCGCAUGCGCCCGCAGUCGAGCGCGCCGAACCGGACGCGGCAGCGUCGCGGCGCUCUCGAGCGGCGAAGCCACGCGAGGAGGCGGCGGCGGCGGCUUCGGCGGCGCCUAGCGCUCAGACGACCAAGACGACGACGCGACAAGUCCGCACAACGCAGUGCCGAUGAGCGGCGGCGGCUCGAGCCCGGGGCCCUGCUCUGGAGCCGGGCCCCCCGCGCUGCUUCGACCCUCACCUGCCGCGGAGAAGACGGAGGCGGCGGCGGCACCUGUUGUGCACAGCGGCGUCAGCACAGCAGCCGGCGGUGGCCUGCUGCUGUGCUGACGCCGCGCUCACGUGCCGCCGCGGCCGCCUGUUGCUUCUCGGCGGCGGCAUCAGCUGGAAGAGGCCCGCAGGCCCACCACUCGCGGCGCACCACGACGCGGACAAUGCGCCCCAGCAACGGAGGACUGCCGCCGCUGCAGCUAGGCUUCUGUGCCGACCUGCUAUGGAUCGCCGUGCUACUCACCGCGCCUCAGGACUCUGAACAAGGCCCGCACGAGCGGCGGCUUCUGGCAGACCUGCUGGCCAACUACAACACCCUGGAGCGACCCGUGCUCAACGAGUCGGAGCCGCUCAUCCUCAACUUCGGGCUCACACUGCAGCAGAUCAUAGACGUCGACGAAAAGAAUCAACUAAUUAUUACAAACAUCUGGUUAACAUUGGAGUGGAUAGACGUGAACCUACGGUGGAACCCUAAAGAGUACGGCGGAGUGCAGGACCUGUGUAUUCCGCCAAACAAAAUCUGGAAGCCGGACGUGCUUAUGUACAACAGUGCGGACGAAAAGUUCGACGCCACGUACCCGACCAACGUGGUCGUGCGGAGCAACGGCAGUUGCAAAUACAUGCCUCCUGGCAUCUUUAAGAGCACUUGCAAGAUUGACAUCACGUGGUUCCCUUUCGAUGAUCAGAAGUGCAAGCUGAAGUUCGGCUCCUGGACCUAUCACGGUUAUCAGCUGGACCUUCGUGUCAAGAGCGAGGAAGGCGGGGAUUUGAGCUCCUACAUUCCCAAUGGCGAGUGGGACCUGAUUGGCGUGCCGGGAGUGCGUAACGUUCUCGAGUAUGCCUGCUGUCCGGAGCCGUACAUCGACAUCACGUACACCAUCCACAUCCGACGGCGCACGCUCUACUACGGCUUCAACCUCAUCAUUCCCUGCGUGCUCAUCUCGUCCAUGACAUUGCUCGGUUUCACGCUGCCCCCCGACACCGGCGAGAGGCUCACCCUGGGUGUAACCAUACUGCUGUCCAUGACGGUAUUCAUGCUCCAGCUCGCCGAGACCAUGCCUCCGACGUCCGAUGCUGUCUCCAUUAUAGGAACCUAUUUUGCCUGCAUCAUGAUCAUGGUCGCCUUCUCGGUGGUCAUGACCGUGGUGGUCCUCAACUAUCAUCACAGAAAUCAAGAGACGACCGAAAUGCCUGCUUUGAUUCGCACGGUGUUCCUCGUGUGGCUCCCGUGGCUUCUGCGCAUGGAGCCUCCAGGCCAAAAGGUGAACCGGCGCAGCCUCUUCCUCAACAACAAGAUGAAAGAACUGGAGCUGAAGGAGCGCUCGUCGCGGAGUCUGCUGGCCAACGUGCUGGACAUCGACGACGACUUCCGCACGGCCAACAGGGCCGCCGCCAGCAACUGCCACGGGACCCGAACCCCGUACCUCGGUGGAGGCGGCGGCGGGGAGUCCACGGUGCACGCCUGCGUCCACUCGUCGCGUGAACUGAACUUGAUCUUGCGCGAGCUGCGCUUCAUCACGAGCCGCAUGCGUAAGGACGAGCAAGAGCGGGAGGUCGAUGGCGAGUGGAAGUUUGCGGCCAUGGUCGUCGACCGCGUCUGCCUCAUCAUCUUCUCCGCGUUCACCAUCACCUCCACCUGCGCCUGCCUCUUCUCGGCGCCUCAUCUGGUCGCCUAGCACACCCUGCUUCUAGGACAGCAUGCUUACCGCUACCAGCUCCCUCCACCGGUGGCCGGCGAUCUUCCUCUCGGAGAGGUUCUUCACUGCGUUCUUCCGCCGGAGCCCGCUUGUGCGGGCUCCCGCGUGAGAACGCAUCUCGUGAAGAUUCCAGGUAGCGCCUUUGUCGCAAGACCCCUUGAAGUCCUGUCCGGGUCCCCACGCCUUUGAGUGCGAAGAGAUGCAGGGCAAGAUACGUACGAUGCGACCGCGUCUCGUACCGCGAGGUACCUUUCGUGUGGGGGAGGAGAAAUACACGUGGAAGUCGAAGGAGCUGCUUUUUAAAGUUUUAGUUGUGUGCCAAUCACGAGCCGCCACUGGUGCGAAAGCGUUGGAGUAUGUUGGAGCAUCUGGUAGCACCGUCUGAAGUUGGUGCCUUUGCCGUCACUUCAAUUCUAUAUAGGAUAAAAUAACUGCGCGUUAGCUGCCAAAACUGCAAUAAGGGUCGAGCAGACGCACCAGUCAAACCACAAGAAGGGAGUAAACGCACAGGCUUUCUUCUCUAGGAGCUUCAAGAUCGUGGAACGUGCGAUCGUGGAUCGUGGAACACGAUGCUUCCCAUUACAUGCCUGUCCGCUGUCAUGACUGGCUGGCCGGAGUUGGAUAAGCCACCCCAUCUUCGCAGCGGUUCCCUUUUCUUUCGUCGGUGACUGGUGCGCAUGAGUAAAGGAAAAUGGGGACAGUUUGUGUGUGCUAGGGUGCAUAAACUUGUCUGUGAGCACGUACAUACCAAAACAGUGACUAUCGUACAGCUGCGUAUUGUUUUAACAGUGUUCGUUUAUCUGUUGUCCUGUUUUAAGUGGGCGUUCCGAAAUGAACUUCUCUAAUCAUAGUCCAGUUGUUCCAGGUCUAGUCACCCGGCAUCGUGAACAGCGUAGCUCGAUUUGCCAAAACCUGUUUGGACUUUGCCAAAUGGGGGCAUGCGGCUUAUACUUCUGGCCCUGCUUCCGCCGUCUACAGAGAGCACAUGCCCGCGACUGGUUAAAGCACUGUAUCUUCACGAGGUGUUAGCUCACUGUAGACGUUUCGGUGCUUUGAAAAACUGCUCUUCGGUGAUCGCCGACAAGUCGUGAGCUUUAGCUUCUAAAACCCUGAAACACGCUGGGAUUCCGGACCCGUAGGCGCAAUGCCGUAUAAACAGCGCUGCCGACAAAGGUCCUAACGAUAAAUAUAAUAAUUAUGUUUCCAGAGUCGCGUGCGUUUUUUGAACUACGUGUUUUUAUCGUCCACCUCGACAGUUAAUGUUAUCUUCUUAACAAGUUAAGCAGUUAAAACAAAGAUAGCUUGUUUUACGUCUUACCGCGAAUGAACUAGUAUAGGACUGGAUGCAUCUAAGAUCGACUCCUUCGAUAAUGCUCGACACCAACUUCAGAAAAAAAAUAUCCUCUUUCAGUACGCUAUUUUCGUACAUCAAAGAAAAAGCUUGCAGUGGUACCACUGAUGCACUCGUUAUGAUUAACCUUGCUCUGACAAAUGAUUCAGCGACGCACUGGCAACACCAUGGUACGUAAUUUUCUAUUAUUUUUAUCCAUGACCUUUUACACAGGUUCUAAUGCAGGAAACGGUUGAACUCUGCAUUUACUUCAACAUAAAACUAGCCGUAUUAAUAAAGCUAGGCGGAGGCCCUUGAUCUGAAUAUUAUUGUUACGGUGAGAGAUGUUUAUUUUACAAGGCGGGAUGAUGGAUGGUCGCGGAAGGCUUAGCCCAGAAUCCAACUCCACUUUUUCCUUCUUCUCUUUCACCCUUCGUCGAAAGUCCAGUAUCAGUUCCCCCGUUGCAGACGAUGCCCACCGGGCGAGUCAAUCAGUGUCGCGCGUGAUAUGGCUUCAAACGGGCGACAUGCACGACGUCAGUUCUUCUGGAGCGACGGCCGGUUGAUGUGAGCCGUGAGACGACGUACGUAACGUCGCUAAGGCGCGACAAAACGACGAAGGGACCUGUGUAGCGGGCCAGAAACUUUUGAUACAAGCCACGCUUGCGGUAUGGAGUCCACAGCCACACCAUAUCUCCUUCACUGUACGAGACAUGUCGAUGUCGCUUAUCGUAGCGGGCCUUCGAACGGUCUUGAGAUGCGAAAGUCCGGAGACGUGCGAUGCGCCUUGCCUCCUCUGCGUGACAGAGUAUCUCUGCAAGAGGUGGCUUUUCCUGAUCCGAAAACGGGAGAAAUGGUGUCAAGAGUAGUGCGUGGCGGGCGGAUGUAGGGAAGGUAAAACGGGCUAAAGCCGGUGGUCUCAUGCAGCGCAGUGUUGUAAGUCUAAGUCAUAAAAGGUGAAAUAGCGUCCCAGUUCUUGUGCUUGGAGUCAACGUACAUAGCAAGCAUGUUAACGAGCGUCCUGUUGACACUCUCAGUCAGUCCGUUGGUCUGAGGAUGGUACGAAGUGGCGUGACGAAACUGGGAAGCAGACCGGCGGAGGAGCUCUUCUACGACGCCGGCUACGAACUGGCGGCCACGGUCACUGAUAAUCGCGCGAGGCGACCCAUGCCGGAGGAUGAUGUAGCGUAGCAUGAAGUCCGAAACGUGAUCGGCCGUUGCGGCAGAGAUGGCUGCGGUUUCAGCAUAACGAGUGAGGUGGUCAACACAGAUUAUAAUACAGCGGUUCCCAGUGAUCGAUUGCGGAAAAGGGCCUAUCAAGUCAAUACCGACGACCUCAAAGGGGAAACACGGAGGCGGUAUGGGAUGGAGCAGUCCCGGCGGCGCACUAGUUGGACGUUUGUAUCGUUGGCAAUGCUCAACUCGCGACGUAUUUAGCUGUAUCUUGACGCAUGCGUGGCCAGUAAAAACGUUCCAAUGUGUGUCGAUAGGUCCUGGCAAAUUCCAUAUGUCCGGAUGUUGGGUCGUCGUGCAUAGCUUGCAGCACAUUGGGUCGCAAAGCCUUUGGGACAACCAAAAACAGGCGGGCCCCCUGUGCAGCAAAAUUUCGCUUCUAAGGAAUGUCAUCCCGUAUAACGAAAGGGGACUGAUGCGCCUCAUUGGCGGCAGAUGAGAGAAAAGGAACCAGACUAUGGUCUAUGCGUUGUUCAACAUGGAAGGUGGCCAAAUUUGGAAACGGCGAGUCAAGAGCUGCCAGACAGUCGUCUAAAUUGUCGGCGUCACAUUCAGUCGUGGGAAGGGGAAGUCGCGACAGGCAGUCAGCGUCCGCGUGACGGCGGCCACUCUUGAAGCACACAUCAAAGUCAUAUUCUCGCAAACGUAAGGCCCAGCGUGCAAGACGGCCGGUAGGAUCACGGAGACCAGUGAGCCAACAGAGUGAGUGGUGGUCUGUGACGAUAGCGAAUCGGCGGCCAUAGAUGUACGGGCGAAACUUGUGCACAGGAAAGAAGACCGCCAGACAUUCUUGCUCUGUAACGGUGUAAUUGCGCUCAGCUUUACUGAAACAACGGCUUGCGUAGGCAAUGACAUGUUCGACAGCUCCGUGACGCUGAAUCAAGACUGCGCCGAUACCAAUUCCACUGGCGUCACUACAUGUGCACCUCAGUUGGGGCUGAUGCGUCGAAAUGGCGAGGAAUAGGCCCGGAAGGGAGUAGAAACUUCAGCUGAGAAAACGAUGACUCGCAUUCUUUCGUCCACUGGUAAGGUGCGGCUUUGUUGAGUAGAUGAGUAAGGGGCUGCGCGACAUCAGCGAAGUUACGAACAAAACGCCGGAAAUAUUAGCACAGGCCCAAGAAGCUUCGGAGUUCUCGUAGCGAGCGUGGUUGAGGGAAGCUGCUGACUGCGGUGACUUUAUGGGGAUCAGGUCUAACGCCGUGCUUGUUUACGUGAUGUCCAAGAACUAUAAUCUCACGAUCACCAAAAUGGCAUUUCUUUGAAUUCAAGGUAAGUGCUGCUUUCUCAAGGCACGUGAGAACAACAUCAAGUCGACGAUUGUGUUCGUCAAACGUGCGGCCAAAAAUUACAUCAUCAAGAUAACAAAGGCAUAUUUCCCAUUUUAAGCCACGGAGAACUGUGUCGAUAAAGCGCUCAAAUGUGGCAGGAGCAUUACAUAAACCAAAUGGCAUGACAAUAAACUCAAAUAGACCGUCUGGAGUUGUAAACGCUGUUUUUUCUUUGUCGGCAGAGUGCAUGGGAAUUUGCCAAUAUCCAGAUCUCUGGUCUACAGAAGAAAAAUACGAAGCAGAGUGCAGACAAUCGAUAACAUCGUCAAUUCGGGAAAGGGGAUAUACGUCUUUUUUUGUGACCGAGUUCAGCCGCCCGUAAUCUACACAAAAUCUCCAGAUGUUUAUUUUACAAGGCGGGAUGAUGGAUGGUCGCGGAAGGCUUAGCGCAGAAUCCAACUCCACUUCUUCCUUCUUCUCUUUCACCCUUCGUCGAAAGUCCAGUAUCAUUAUUUCUGGUAUUACUAAAGGGCCGCAGUCGAAUGUACACAACCGAUAUUUCUAAGCUUUGGCACGGGAAUGCUUCACGCUAUUAUUCACAUAUAUUUAAGGUACACACUUACUCGACGGCAGUGCUGAAACAUAUCAGUGUCGCCAUAUUCCGGUUCAACGUCCGUGACCAUUAAUCUGAAGAAAAAAAAAAGACAUUGCGAAGAUACACGGUGACACGUGCUUAAGCUCAGGACAUCGCUUCUCAACUUCUUCAGUCCUCGAUUCGAUAUGCUUAAUUUGACCUACAGUCUGUCCGAUGGUCUCGCAUAUGUUGUCAUCGUGUUUUCCGGGGAUACUUGUAUUAGAAAAAUGCGCCAAAGGAGGCGGGCCUUGUGUUAUGGAUUGAAGCGCGUCGUCUGAUAGCUGGGUCAAUGAAUCCAAAUUGCCGCUAUGGGUCGUCAGAAAAGAUAUCGUUGAAUGCAAACGCAUUGUCACUGGUAGAGCAGAGCUAAUCGUACGCUACACUCUGAGAAGAAGAGAGUCCUGUGACCCUUUUUGGAGAGUCGUGCGUCCUACGACUCGCCAAAACAGAGUUAACGGGUCUCUUUCAAGACAGUUAUAUACGUUAGCGUUAUAUACGUGGCGAGAAAGAGUCAAAGGAAUUUUUUUUUUAUUAGUUCACGGUUCAUUUCGUGUAGAGAAAAGCCAUCCGAGCACGAGCUAACGCUAAUGUCUGGAAUCUCACACUAUACUAGGAAAAAACGCGUCAAGGUUUCUAGGAGCACCAAAUUUUGUUCAAAAAGUUCCUACAAUUUGUGGGUGAUUUCACUGAAAGGGAAAGAAUUGUACGGGUUAGCGGAACUAGUAAAAUAGAAAAAAAUAAUAAUUAAAGCAGCGGUACUCAGUAGUUCUAUAACAUCUAAAUAUUAGAUGUCUCUGGGGAAACAAGCAGGACAGCUUUCACGAAGAUGCAACCGACAUGGCCAUAACAACUUUCUUUGUUGAGGUUAGCUUGUUCGUGCAUAUGUUUUCAUUCAAAUUCAUUACUCGUCUCACUAGCUAGGUAUUUCGCCUGGCCAACUUCAAAUUCUUUAGAAAUGUGGGUGCCAGACGUCUUGUUCUAGGUCGAUCUUAAUCGUCGCUUCCUUCCGGCUUGAGCAGUUUUGAGAGUUCCGAAAAUAUUCGCCUCGAAAUUUAUGCCGAAGGGCUGCUUGCAGAAUUGCAAGUCGUGCCUUUUUCUUUUAACCCGGAAGUCUGCGUGUAUUACAAACCACACUGUUCCCUUCUUAAAGGCCCGCUUGAUUUUAUUCUUUUUAGGGUUAGUGUUGUUUGGCCGUUGAUCCGGGUUCUGUUAAAACAAAAUCGGUGAUUGUGCUGCCGCAGAGAACACAUGUUUGAGUGGGCAUGUCUUUGCCCCUCCCCCCCUUCUCUUUACUGAUUGUAUCACCGCUAUACAAGGUGGUUUCGCACUUCCUUUUCGUUCGACCAAGCUAUAGAAGCUCCACAGCGCCAUUCGUGGUACGGCAAAUCUGUUCUGUUUGUUGCAACGUCAGCGUCCAGUGCCACGACCGAAUUUAUUUUUGUGUCAUCUUUUGAAUCAACCGCUCCAGGUACGGGAGGUAUUGUCGAGUACUGUGAUGAUGAGAGUGCACCACUCACGUCGGCCCUGUUCAAGACAGUGGGACCUCUUGUUCCCAUCCUUCGCGGUAACCUUGAUCCCAUAACCUUAACCCUUAACCUACAUCGUGGUAACCUUGAAAGACACUGUAAUCGAUCCCAUCAUUUAACGCUCAAUAGACAAACGUCGCAUUCACGUCCCCUUUAUGACAUAAGUAGUGAUCGGUGCGGUAAUACAAUGCAUGAUACCGCCCCUAAUGUUGACUUCUGGCUGCUCCAGUGAGUUAUUUGCGCGGUCGCUAGCUCGCUUGCGUAAAGAGUACCUACGCUGAUUGCAAGUAGUCGAUGCCUUUCACUAGGCAUCUGCCUGUCAGCAUACUGUCUCACAGCGACCGAGCUUCCUGCUGUGCGGCUAACACAAGGAUUACGUUUUAAGGUGGCUGGCUAUUCACCACGAAGUCGUUUUAAGAAUGAACACAGCGUCCACAGGAGGAUUAUAAAUUGCGCAUAUGUACAACGCGUGCAACUCUAUGACAACAACACAUGAUCACGUCUCGGUGGGCUGACAUCAAUGCUUCUGCGAUACAACGUUGUGUUCUGCCAUGCGUGCGUCUCAUAAACAACGUUUGUUCAUCGUUUCUCGCGCGCUCUUCCCUUCGGAAAAUAAUUUGCGCCCACUUCACAUGUGAGCCAGUCCUUGUCCUCUCCGGUGCCUCUUUCCAUGCUCGUUCCCACUACCGAGUGCUAAUCACGUGACGCCAUACCAAACAACCAUACUGCGGUGCCUUGUUCAACAUGUCCUGUACUUUGGCUUCAUUUACGCUUGCUGUGUGUCGGAAGCGUUACGAAAAAACUGGCGGAAUAAAGAAGAAUAAUGUUUCGUUUUCA